AUGAAGACCUCUUCGAGACCUCGAGAACAACUUGGGGGGAGUUUCGCACCUAGACGGGAUCCACGAAUUUCUAUCAACGAUCCAAACCAUCAUGUAACGGAGGCGAUUGGGGAUAUGUAUGGGGAUGAUGACUAUUCAAAACAAGAUUCACGGCCUCUUAGCUUUAUGCCGUCCUCUUCCAGUGAGUCUAUCGAAGAAAUAACGAAUUCAUUUUACGACACAAACAGCAGUAUUAGACCCAGCCCAGUACCCUUAGUAAAUGGAAACCACAAAGCGCAUACCUCACCAGCAAUCAUGCAAAGUCCCAGAAGUCCAACAUUUGGAGAUGGGGGUCCAAUAUCGCCAUCUUUGUCCUUACGUGAUCCUAAUGCAGGAGGUACCGCAAAUGCGGAGUUCCCGCUGAACGAUAUCGACUAUGAAUCCGGGCCAGCUGCUGUCGCACAAGAGCUAAGUAAUUUACAAGCGUUACGGCGAAUGUCUAUGGAUGUGGGCAAUACCAGUGAUCCGGAUCUGCCAUCGUUCCAAGGUGUAUCUUCAAUGCCCUCAGCGGCUCCAACAGGGAACGACAACGAGGACGAUCCAUCGCGACUCUUUUGGGUACCCGCCAGAGUUCACCCCGAGCUUGCACCCAUGGAAUUCAAAACCUUCCUAGAGAAUCGCGUUCAAUCGAUAAAACGACGAUCUGGAGAUCAGAACUCAUUAACGGCCAAUGGAGUUGAUCAGAGUGGGUCUGGGGCAAGCUUGAGGAGGAAGAAAUCUAUGUUGUCAAGGCAGAUUGAUAAUUCGGGUGGUAAGGGGGCUAUAGGGUAUCAAGAUGGGGCAGAACAUCUAGAGAGGAAAAAGUCUUUAUCAUCACAUCACACGCCCGAUCUCAGAAUCUCGGAUCUUCAGGAAUUGGACGAGUUGGUAAAGGAUCCUUCAAAAGCAAUGCAGAAAUUGAAUCUCGAUACGGGAAGGGGUGAGGGUGCUCAAGGAGAAGAUUUACCUAUCUUACCCCAAGCACCCGGAAUCGGUCUAAGGAGGUCCACACACACGACAUAUAGGAGGGGAAGCUUAAGAAAGGGAGAGCGAGUGCCAUUUUCAAAAAGGGCUGGCUCUAUUCGAGCUGAUACAGACGGGGGUGAUUCACCAACGGCUUCGCCGAUUGAUGGGCGUCCAUCUGCAGGUUACCCUCUUACACACACCCUAUCAGAGCCUUCAGGUAACACGGACAAUUUCUCGAGACCCAACAGGAGUGCACGGCGUAUGCAGAACAUUGAUCAGGUCCCACCAGUUCCUCCAAUUCCGGGAAAUAUUAUCCACGAAGUACCUACACGAUCUGAUUCUCCAGCUCCAACAUUGAAUGCAGAAAUAUUACCGAACGCCAGCCAACAGCCUUCUCCCCCUGCUCAUGAUGCAACUCGAUCAAGAAGUGCUAGCCAUCCUCGAACGGAUUCGCCAGUCCCGCGUAUAGUAGAGACACCACCUCCUGUAGAAGAAACUUCGGAACCACAAAUGGGCAAACAGUCUCUCCAGUACCCCGAAAGAACAUCCUCACAGACUACGCAAGUUUCACCGAAGCAACACGCCUCCCCAGUAAUCCCUCAAGCUGCUCCCCAAGUUGCUCCUCAAGCUGCUCCUCAGUCUAUUCCAGAACCUCCAGCGAGAUCGAACAAACGUCCGGUAUUAGAGCGACAAGCUUCUUCCGGCGGUGCCAAUCUCCCAAAGACAUUAACUGCAAACGAUAUGCCUCAACAUCAGCAAUCUUCUUCACUUCCGGUGAACUCUUUGAGAACAGAUGCGCUCACUCACAUUCCAACCUUCGAUGAUAAGAAGAUCGACAAGAAAAGUAGAAAGGAAAGAGAGGAGGAAAACUCUGGGCCUCGGAAGACUAGUUGGGGUUGGUUCAAAGGGAGUGAUGAGAAGGACAAGAAGGAUAAGAAAAAAGAUGAUAAGAACAGGGGCAAGGUUCCGUCGGAGAAAGUGCAUGAUAAUGCUCGAUUGGAUGUUUUGCAAUCCACCAUGGAGACAACUACGAGAGGUCGGGAAAGUUUCUUAGUCGAGAGAGAUAAUGUUGAUAAUAAACUCGAAAAUGAACGCAAGAAAGAAAGUAGUCGUAAAGCUGGCGGGGAGCCUAAAAAGGAAAAGGACGGCAUCUUCUCGUCCCUUUUUGGUGGUGGAAAGAAGAAAGCCGAUCGAGAUUCAGGGGGCAAAAAAGGAAGCUCACUUCGCACUCUUUCGCCGGAACCACCGCAACGUAUCUUGAAGCCAGAUAUUGAUUACAACUGGACAAGAUUUUCAAUAAUGGAAGAAAGGGCAAUUUAUCGCAUGGCUCAUAUCAAAUUAGCUAAUCCCAAACGGGCAUUAUACAGUCAGGUUCUACUCAGCAACUUCAUGUACUCGUACUUGGCCAAGGUUCAACAAAUGCAUCCACACAUGCAAGUACCUCAAUCUGUGCAACAGAAGAAGGCAGAGGCAGAGAAAAAGCAGAAGGAGCAAGAACAAAAGUACCUAGAGCAACAAGAACAGUUGAGACAACAACAGCAACAGCAGCAACAAGAGGGUGACCAAUAUCGAUACGAUUACCACCAGGGCAUCACUCAAUAUGCUGAACAAUCCCAGAAUCCCAACCAUUCUGGUGAGGCUGUUAAUUAUGUCGAUGACUCGCAAAUAUAUGAUUACGAUCAUCAAGGAGGCGAUUCCGAGCAGGACCACAAUCGUCCACAAUCUCGCACCGGCCAAAACAAUAGCGAGAAUGGCUAUAAUGAUCAAAAUCAGAAGUACCACGAUUAUGGGCGAACGCAAUCACAUGAUCAAGCAGCCGAUGACGGUGAGAUGUGGUAA